UUAGAUUAAUAAAAAUGUGAAAUAUCAGCUGUCUGUGUUGUGUUUUUCUCAGGUAAUUUUCUUUUGGAGUAUUGGGAAAAAGAACCCUAACUCCCCUCCUCUUGGCCUCACUAUCACUGUGAUCCAGACCACCAUGUCAUUUUUAUUUUGCUUCUAGAUAUUAAUUAAAAAAACAUAUGACAGAUUUGGAAAAUUCUAAUUCACAUCCCACGCUUCUGGCCCACAUUGGUUGUGCAUGCAGUCCAACUCAAAUCUAAGGUUUUCCAUUUUCGCCGGUGACAGGCUUGUGAGUUCCUCCACACCAUGCACUGAGUCUGCUGGACUGUGUUGCUCCACAACCAUAUCUGAAUAUUGUUCUGAUAUUUCCAAUGCAGAGGAUUCAUUUUGAUGUUGACCCCAGUGCUGAGGCACAAAGACAAAGCUCAGACCAUGGAGAACAACCUGAAACUCCUAAGAGACCAGAUGCUAAACAUCAACACAAGGAAAUAAUCAAACACACUUUGUUAUGAAAAGGGUCAUUUUCCAAAUGUCUAGUUUCAGAAAAAAGCUGACUAUUAUUUUGAUAAGAACUAGGCCUAUAGUACAAUACAUGAAAACAACAAAUAUUGUGUUGCGCUACUAGGCCUGUCCUUUUAACGGUCUUUUAUUCAUAUUCACAGGAACUAGAUGAGACGUUUUGCCAGAUCAGUGAAGAAACCAAUGGGAACGUUUUGUGGUGGGCUGUUGUGUAGACUUCCAUUCAACUAUCAGUUGGAUUUUGGCAAAUCAAAAGACUGAAAGACUUCCUGAUUGCAAAGAAGUUGGUUUGAUAAGAACUUUAGAGCAGGAAUGAUGUCUUGCAGUACAAUGCAAAGUGGCCACUAGAGUCAACUGCUAUUCCAAACUAGACUAAGAUCAGUGCUGAGGAGGCAUCUACUUUACUGUACAUCCUUCUAGAGACAAUGUAUGAAUUCAUAAAAUGUGUUUGUUUCAUCUUACACAACUAUCCCAAUUUGUUUUCUCCAAUGAACGCACCAAAAUGUAAAUAAUGACGUAGCCAGCCAAUCAGAAAGCGAUCUGACAUGCAAACAAACCGAAAAUCAGAAGGUAGCCGGGCUAGUUAAUUGCUACAGUUGCUAAAGCCAGAAAACGACACGGAAAGUUUUGUGAGUUUGCUAACUAGUUCCAUCAUGUAAGUCAGAUGUGGACCUUUCUUCAGUAAAAUAUAAUUUACUUUUUAGUAGAUAGCUGCCCCAGAAACAGCUAUAGAAAAUGUCUUACUGGAUCUGCUGUAACUCCUGCUUCAACCUCCCGGGUCCUGACCGCAAACUAGCUGUUACCACCUGUGGUCAUGUCAUCUGCAACGUGUGUUUUCAGAAAGCCAAUCAAGGGGAGUGCAUGAUAUGUAACGCAAAAUGUCAAGUUACUCCUCUCUCAGACAAAAGUAGUGCAGAAGUAAAGGCCCUCUUCUCUGACAUCAAUUCUGUAGCAACCAAACACUUAACAGAGAUAAGCAAGGUGUUACUAUUCCAGGCAAGGCACCAAAAGAGGUUGUUGGCGCAUUCCCAGCAGAGGAAUGAAAAGUUAGAAGAAGUUUUACUCAAGAUGAAGCAAGAAAUGCAGCAAAUGUCCAAGAAAAUUACAGAGCAGAAUGCCUAUAUUGCCAAGCUGGAGAGCACUCGUCAGCAUCAAAGUGCAAAAGCAGCUUCUACAUCACAGCUGAACCGUAGUUCUCACAAUGCUCGUUCACAUCAAAUCAAAUCAGAUCAAAUGCAGAUACCAUUCAACUCACCCAUGUCCCUCUCUCGCUUCUCAUCUACUACAAGUCUGGCAGAAAACAUGGAGGUGGAUAACAGAGGUCUGUUUAGGAAACCGGAGCUCUCUGGAAGUGUCCAGAGGUUGUCCUUGAUCAGCCCUCCACAGGACGGCCGGAUGGGUACCGUCCCCCAUCGAUCGACCAAUCAGAACACCCUAGUCAACCACUCAGCUCGCUCGGCCACUGUCAGCCGCCUGGCGGAGUUGCAGAUGACCCCUAACCUGCCGUAUCGUAGGAACACAGGGUGGGAGACGCCCGUGUUCAAGCCCCCGUCAGCCUACAGACACUCCUCCAUGUCUUCUCUGGUCAUGUCCUCUCUGGGGGUCACCUGCCCUCCACCGUAACACCGCCAAGAGCCAGCCAUCACUACGGCACAAGGAGACGUCUCUGAUCCACUUCAAUGCCCUCCACGAGUGACUUAGCUAGAGUAUCAAGUCACCUGGCAAUGGUUGAACUCUCCACCGUGGAGAGAUGAGCUGUGGAAUAGGAAGUGUUCAGAAAUUGAGCCCCCUUCACACAGGGUUAAGAAGAGUUUGGAAGCUGUGGUCUGUUGGUUGUGUGUGCAGUGUAGCGUGUAUAUUGUCAUUGUAAUGGAUUACAUACAGUAUUACAGUAUUACUUGUCACAGUAACAAAUAAAAUUUAACAAACCAAUCAAA